AUGUCGACCAGCGCUGAUAAUACGAGCAAUAGCAAUGCUUACCGGAUCCCGCUCCUGAAGGAAGACAAUUGGCUCCCAUGGAAGCGCCGCGUCGAGGCCAUCCUUAAUGAUAAGGGUCUCCAGGAGUAUGUGACCGGAAAGACACUGAAGCCGCAGCCGAGUAAUGACCCGGCCAAUAGGGCAGCGAGAGAGGCGGAGAUUAGCGCCUGGGGAGAGAAGGACCUCAAGGCCCAGAACGUAAUUGUGCUAUCGCUGGGAGAUUCCCAGAUGGUGCACAUCGCUGGAGCCAAGACGGCAUGGGCCAUGUGGGAGCAGCUUCGCACAGUCAAGGAACAGCGUGGACAGCAUGGAAUUCUCGCGCUGUGCUGGCGUUUUUACCGGAUGCAAGCCAAGGAAGAAGAUAAUAUCUCCAGUCACAUUACACAGCUACGACAGAUCCAGGAACAACUCCACCUAAUGAGGAAGGUUGUUUCUGAUGAGGAUUUCCGGCUCAUUCUGGCUACCUCAUUACUGGAGAGCUGGGACUCUUUCCUCAGCUCUUACUUUGGUGCCGAAGGUGCUGACAACGUGCACCCUCAGCUUACAUCACAAGAAUUGAUUGCCAUCAUUCUUGAUGAAAAUAGGCGAAGGCACGAGCGUGGCGAGCGCGGUCAAUCCUCGGACCAAGCCAUGGUUGCCAAAGGAAAGAAGCGCCCCUUUGGGGAAUACAAAAAAUGUUCGAUCUGCGGAAAGCCGAGACAUCUUGGUAAUGAGUGUCGGCACCGCGACAAGGUCAAAUGUAUGAAUUGCGGAAAAUUCGGGCAUAAGGCCACGGAUUGUUGGGCUAAAGGCGGCGGCAAAGCCGGACAGGGCCCGCCGAUGAAACAGCAAAAGACGGAAUGUGCUUACGAAGCGCACGAGGUCGAAUCGAAAGAGGAUGAGGCAAAAAUAGCCUACGAUAAUGAUAGCGACACUGUAUCUCUCGGAUCUGAUGGCAAAAUCGCUUCUUUCUAUGAGUGGUUUGCCGACUCCGGGACAACUUCGCACAUUACAAAUCGUCGUGAAGUCUUCACGACCUAUCAGGCGCUCGAAGAUCACGCGAUCACGGGCAUCGGACCACAACCAAUGCAGGCAUUGGGCCGCAGUACGGUCGAUGUCAAAAGUGAAGUAGGAGACCGGAAAGUGAAAUUCCGUCUCCACGGUGUACUGUAUGCGCUGACAGCACCCAAUAGCCUCCUCUCCAUCAUGCAUUUGGACGAUGCGGGAGGAAGAGUACUUAUGGAGGCAGACGAAGAUCUGGAUAAUGAUCCAGAUAAAUCAAAUGCCAAAUUAGUCUAUAUUGCGAUGAGCGCCCACGGAAAUGCGGAUGCGGACGAGCCAAAGACACUCAGUGAUGCCAAGAGAUCACUCGAGUGGCCCAAAUGGGAACAGGCAGUCCAGACGGAACUCAAUCAACUACAGGGUAUGGAGACUUGGGAGUUAGUGGAACCUCCCGAAGAUCGAAAACCCAUAGGAAAUAAAUGGGUUCUAGUUAAGAAAACAAACAAAGAGGGUGAAAUAAUCAAAUACAAAGCCCGCCUGGUUGCAAAGGGAUAUUCUCAAAUCCCAGGCAUGGACUAUACCGAGACGUUCGCGCCCGUAGUCCACCUCGAAACCAUUCGAGCUAUCCUCGGGCUAGCCGCAAUCUUAGAUUGGGAGAUCGGACAGAUGGACGUGAAAGGUGCCUAUCUUAAUGGAACUCUCAAAGAAGAAGUGUAUAUGCGGCAACCCAAAGGAUACAACGAUGGAACAUACCGCGUAUGUAAAUUAAAGAAAACCCUCUACAGGCUAAAGCAGUCUGGCCGAGAAUGGAAUAUCGUGCUGAACCGCAAGUUACUAGACGCGGGAUUCAAGCACCUAUUCUCGGAUCCAUGUGUGUACAUUCGGAUCAAAGGUGAUAAGAUAGAAAUCGUCACCGUUUGGGUAGACGACCUAUUAAUAUUCACCAAUGAUUGCGCACUAAUGGACCAAUUGAAGAGGGAACUCCGAAAUAUGUUCGAAGUUACCGACCUUGGUGAACCCCAAAAAAUUGUGGGGAUAGAAAUUGAGAGAGACCGUUCAAAGCAGACAAUCAAAAUCUCUCAGACAAAAUAUAUUGAGUCUAUCCUACACAAGAAUGGGCUUACGAACGCCAACACGGUCGGGAUGCCUCUUGAUCCAAAUACAGUGCUUGAAAAAGAAGAACCCGAAACUGAUGAUGAAUGCGACCGAGACAACGGAUAUGCAUCGCUCAUCGGAUCACUGAUGUACACGGCAAUUGCCAUGAGACCAGACAUUGCUCACACCGUGCAACGGCUUAGCUCAUUUACUGCCAAUCCCGGAAUGGCUCAUUGGACUGCUGCUAAAUGCGUCCUCCGCUAUCUAUCCGGAAUGCGAGAACUUGGAAUAAUCUACGGGCCAAUUGCAGAUGUCAAGCCCAAAGAUCAAUCCAUAUUUGUGGGCUACUCAGAUGCAGACUAUGCGAACGAUAUCCGAGAUCGCAAAUCAAUCUCGGGAUAUUUAUUUAAAUUAGGAAAUGGCAUGAUCACAUGGAGCUCAAAGAAGCAAACCACGGUCGCGUCAUCCACCACGGAAGCCGAAUACAUGGCAUCCGCCGAAGCGGCAAAAGAAGCCAUGUGGCUCCAAACACUAUUCAAAGAAAUAGGUUUCGAGCAACAAGAUCCUACAAUUUUAUUCGAGGAUAAUACAGUGGCGAUCUCAAUUGCACGUGAUCCCCAAUUCCACGCGAAAUCAAAACAUUUUGAUGUAAAGCAUCAUUAUGUGUGCGAAAAAUUGAGGGAUAAAUAUAUUGAUAUCCACUACUGUCCCACGGAGGACAUGAUAGCGGAUAUCCUAACAAAGUCACUCCCUAAGCCGAGGCACGAGAAGCUCACAAAGAAGCUCGGAAUGCCCAUCGGCUUGAGGGGGAGUGUUGAAAAGUAG